AUGUUUGUAUAUCAUGUGAAUAACAGCACGAUUAUACUAAUUCUGUUAUGCACAUUCCUGUGUCACGCCAAGACUGAAAAUGUGAAGAAUGCAAAAUGCCAAGGAAUAAGUAGUGUAGGACGUUUUAAUUAUGGGCAAGCGAAAAGAUCGAGAUGGCAAGACGCGGGGCACUCGAAAGGUAGUUUGAAGAUAGGGGGAGAAGAUAGAAGAUAUAAACUACUGGAAAUCCCCACAGGCGGUCCACCACAACAGGUAACCCCUCUCUUCUUAAAUGGUUGCUACAAACGCAUUGGUUGUAGUUCUCUUCACAAGAAGAGGAAGAACUUUUCCCUUUAUAAAAAGAAAAAAGAUAAAGGUGGAGCAGCAAAUGUUAAGAAAAAAGAAAAGAAAGUAUUCACAGAAGAAGAAAUAGAAGAACUUCGUCGAAGAGCCAAAGAAAAACUACAACCUAAAAAAGGGGACGCUGAUGGGAUCUCUGGUGGUAAGACAAAAAAGGGGGGGAAAGGGAAAAAAAACACAGAACAAGUUAAGGGUGAUAAGAAAAGCAGCAAAGAAGAAUUACAAAAGUUGGAUGAUACAGAAGAUUCAGAUACGAAACAAGGGAAUCUAACCGAUUACAUAAAGAGUAAAGAAGAUUUUGACAAAAUAGUAGACCUAACGAAAGAUUUGAUAAACGAAAAAGAGGUACAAUAUAUACACAAAAUAAGCGACUGUGAUGAGGAGUUGUUAACAUAUGAUAAGAGGGAAAAAAAUAUUCAGCUGAAUUUUGAGGACACCCUAUUCGACGAGGGCAACUACAUGCACAAUUACGUCAACAACAUUAGCAAGUUUCGCUUUGACAUUUACAACCUUCAUAACAAGAACGAAUUUGACAGAAUCACCAAAUAUUUGAAUUAUCAGUACAUAGAGGAAGUGCCCGUGGAAAUUCCUACGGAACGCAGCUACAACAUUGGUCUAAAAAAAUAUUUUUACGAGGUUGUAUGCGACUUGGUGGGAAAAUAUCGCGACAAGUUUGAGAGUGAGCCGUACACGGGUGGCGAGGAACAGUCGGGGGAAGACCAGACGAACGGAGAGCAAAUUUCCAGCUCUCGCUUGUCUAUGCAGAAGGGCAAAAUAAAUCAGCACGGUGAUGAUACAGGAGGGGAAGAAGACAACGAAACCUUGAAUAAUUUCCUGAAAGAAAACAAACAGGAAGAAAACAAAACGACAACCAUGGAUAAGAUAGAAAACAUGGCCAGCGUAAUCCAGCCAACUCAUGAAGACAUUAUGAAUAAAUAUAUGUCUCACGAUUUGUAUAAUUUGUUAUGCGACAUUAAAGACGAAUAUGACUACAUGUUUGAAAAUGGAGGUUUGGAGAAAUUUUCCUUUGAUCAAAACAGAAAAACACAUAAGGAGAAGCUAAUAUUUUCCGGGAAAAAAAAAAGAGCGGUAGCUAUGGUUUUUCUCCAAAGGGGAAACAACAAUUUGAUAAUAAAUAACAGGGAUGGAUAUCAGUACCUGCAAUACCAAAUUUUUAACAUAAAUAAAAUAUUCAGCCCCUUACUGCAUCUGUGCAUGCACAGACAUUUCAACGUCGUCGCCAGGGUCGUUGGGGGGGGGUUGUCUGGGCAGAGUGUAGCCAUCUUCCAUGCCCUCGUCAAAUACAUUGUGUACAACUUGUCGCUAAAAAUAAAGCCUUAUUUCCGCUCCUUCAAGUUUAUGACCGUGGACAGUAGAAAGGUGGAGAGGAAGAAGUACGGACUGAAGAAGGCCAGGAAGAAGAAGCAGUACAGUAAGCGUUAA